UCUUUCUGUCUUGCUUCCACCAUCACGCUCUCAUAAUUCACCAAUCUUGGUCCUUCUCAAGCUGGGUCUCUCCGUCACUUAAUCCCUCCACCGCCCUUUUCCUCUGAUACUUUAUCAUACCGUUCCUGCGAUCAAUCAUAUUGGAAAAUUUUUUUGGGUGCUCUGUUUAUUCAUAUGGGUGUUCGAGAUUCGCUGUGGGUGGUCGUCGCCGUCUCUUGGCUAUGCCUCCAAGCGCAGGUCCUGCACUCUCAGGAGGACCUUGUAUGCAAUUCGAGCGAUUCCAAAGCAUUGUUAGACUUGAUGAGCAACUUUGAGUCCCCAAUCAACGGUUGGGGACUCAACGCAUCCGCCAAUUGCUGUGACUGGCCGGGGGUGGUGUGCAAAUCUUCGUCUUCUCUCAGCCUGAGCGAUCGUCCCUCCAGUUCGGGCAGAGUGGUUGAGUUGGUCCUCGCGAGCAAGAAGCUUGCCGGCAACCUCUCGGACUCACUCGACAAGUUGGACCAGCUGAGAUUCCUAAAUCUCUCCCACAAUUUCCUCAAGAGCACACUCCCUGAAUCGCUUCUCCAUCUCCCUAAUUUGCAGGUCCUCGAUCUCAGCAACAAUAAAUUCUCGGGACUGGUCCCCAAGGGUGCCAAUUUGCCCUCACUCCGCGUUCUUGACAUCUCUGAUAACUCUUUUAGUGGGUAUCUGCCCGUGAGGAUAUGCGUGAACUCGACCCGUAUCCAGGUGCUUAAUCUGGCUGUGAAUCAUUUUUAUGAUGUUAUCCCUCCAGGAUUCGGCAAUUGUAGCUCCUUGCAGAACCUUUCUCUGGCCACGAAUAGCCUCACAGGUGGGAUCAAUGAAGACAUCUUCACUCUGGGUCGGUUGGUCCACUUGAACCUCCAGGAAAACUUGUUUUCUGGGCCGCUCGGUCACAGGAUCGGUAAUCUCACGAAACUGGUUCGGCUGGACAUAUCGACAAAUGGAUUCUCGGGGUCAAUCCCGGAUGUGUUUCAGAAGAUGAAGAAGCUGCAGUACUUCAUAGCACAUUUCAAUCGCUUCACGGGCCCCAUCCCGUCUUCCUUGUCCAAUUUGCCAUCGCUCAGGGUCCUCAAUUUGAGGAACAACUCGCUGACGAGGAUAGGUCUUAACUGUUCGCCAUUGAGCAGUCUGGGGACUGUGGAUUUAGGUUCCAACAAUUUCAGGGGUCCUUUCCCUGAGGAUUUGCCCAAUUGCCGGCAGCUGCAGAACGUGAACCUCGCACAAAACAAGUUCACAACCCCGAUAUCUCAAAGCUUCAAAAACUUCUCCAGCCUUGUUUACCUGUCGAUCUCAAAUUCGAACCUAUCGAACCUCUCGUCUGCACUAGGGAUCCUUCAGCACUGCAACAAUUUGACAUUUUUGGUUCUCACUCGGAAUUACUUGGACGAAGAAUUGCCGGGCGACGCGAGUUUGACUUUUCCGAAGCUUAAGGUUCUUAUUAUUGCAUCCGGUCGACUGAAGGGUUCGAUGCCGCAGUGGGUGCGUGGAUGCACCCGUUUGCAUUUGCUGGAUUUGUCCUGGAACAAUUUGGGUGGAAUGAUCCCGCCGUGGAUCGGCGACUUCCAGUCUCUCUUUUAUCUGGACUUAUCAAACAACUCGUUCGUGGGCGAGAUCCCAAAAGACAUUACCAGAUUGCAUGGCCUCAUCCGCAGAAAUAUGUCGACGCCGGAAUCUCUUCCUGAUUUUCCGCUCUUCAUGAAGAGGAAUGUGAGCCAGAGGGGGCUGCAGUACAAUCAAGUUUCAAGCUUGCCGCCGACUGUGGAUCUCGGAUCCAACUUUCUCAGCGGAUCAAUCUGGCCAGAGUUCGGGAAUUUGAAAAAUGUCCAUAUCUUGGAUCUCAGCCAUAACUUCUUAUCAGGUUCGAUUCCCGACAGUUUAUCCGAAAUGAUUAGCCUAGAGUCUCUCGAUUUGUCUUACAACAAUCUGUCGGGAAGUAUACCUUCCUCGUUAGUGCGUCUCACCUUUCUGUCCAAGUUCAGUGUUGCAUAUAACAAUUUGUUUGGGCCCAUUCCUAGCGGUGGCCAAUUCCUCACCUUUCCCAAUUCGAGUUUUGUAGGAACCAAACUGUGUGUUGAUCAUGCUCCCCCCUGCCUAGGGAGUCAAAGUCAUCCUGGAACCGCCGACCAUAGUCAAAAUCAUUUUGGAUCUGCCGAUCAUGCCAUGAGCGAUAGAAACCUUGGAAUGACCAUUGGACUUGCAUUUGGAAUGGUCAUUGGAAUUACGUUAGGAACAACUAGGACCGGUGAUUCGUGUUUACGUAUGAUAAUGAGAUUUUGUAAUUGUGUUAAGAUGUUCUGAUGAAAAACUAAAAAAAAAAUUGUGACUUA